AUGGAUUACCGGGAGGAGAGCGCAGGGAACUGGGCCCUCACAGCUCCUUCUGCGCAUGUGCAGUUCUCCUCAUUGUUCGCCCGCUCCCUGGUCUCCAGCUUCGCGCGGCAGAUAAUUCCAGAGCCUCCCGGUCUACGCAUUGCUCAACUGAGCAGCCUUGGGCUAUUACAGGGAUCGGUGUUGUUCGAGGAUGUAUCGGUGGACUUCACCCAGAAGGAGUGGCAGUUGCUGGACCGUGCUCAGAGGCUCCUGUACAGGGAUGUGAUGCUGGAGAACUACGGGCACUUGGUGUCCCUGGGUCACUGUGUUUCCAAACCUGAGCUGAUACUCAAGUUGGAACAAGAAGAAGAACCGUGGAUAUUAAAGGGACAACUCCCAAGUGAGAGCCACCCAGAAGUCCAAAGAACCAAUAACAUGAAAGAGAUAGGCCAAGAAAAUGAAGACAAGUAUUUGAGGCAAGGUUUAUUCAUCAACAACAAAACAUUGACUGAGGAGAGAAAUAAGACCUUCAGAGAAACACUUAAUAUGACCACAAAUCCAAAAGCCACACCUGACUCAACAUCCGAGAACUCACACAACGGAAAAACCCAGUAA